AUGGCCGUCAGAAAGCGAUUCAUGAAUCCUUUUGUGCGAAGGACGUCCUCCGACCAACCACCCAUUACCCACGAUGACAUCGAGACUUCAUCCAGCCCCAAAAUUCCCUUGGAGGACACACAAAAGACUUGUCCGGACACUAGGGUUGAGAAAACCAUCGACGAGAAAGCGCAGUCCGGCACACAAAAGGCCCAAGCAAGCUCCCAGGCAUGGACAAUGGAAACUUUGAUUGCUGCAUACAUUCUCUUUGCAAGUGUUUGGGUAGUGAACUUCCUCGAGUAUUUCAGCUCCGGACUCCUCAGCUCUCUGUCUCCAUAUAUCUACAGUGGGUUUGAGCUACAUUCUCUCACCGGUCUGACCUCUGUCAUUGCCUCGUUGAUUUCAGCUCUCGUCAAAUUCCCGUAUGCAAAACUGAUGGAUAUUUGGGGCCGCCCUCAAGCUUUUGGCGUAGGAGUUGGAUUCCUUACACUCGGGCUUGCCAUGAUGGCUGCCUGCAAAAACGUUCAGACCUAUUGUGCUGCGCAGGUAUUCUAUCAAACUGGAUUCAAUAUGAUUGAUUUCUCCAUGACGAUCUUCAUAGCAGAUACCACCGCCCUGAAGAACCGGGCGUUUUGGAUCGCGUAUGCUGCUUCUCCAUAUUUGAUUACACCCUGGAUCUAUGGCUAUGCUGCUAAUGAGAUUAUUGCUCCUGGUGGUAUCGGGUAUCGAUGGGCGUUUGGUGUAUUUGCCAUCAUUAUGCCAGUUAUCAGUGCGCCGUUAUGGGGCUUGUGGUACUAUACUCAGAAAAAGGCCGAAAGGAUGAACCUCACAGAGAGGAAGAGCAGCGGACGGUCACUUUACCAGUCUCUUUUCUUUUAUUGCAUUGAAUUCGAUGUCAUUGGCCUCCUGAUUAUUGCUACUGGGUUCUCCCUCUUCUUGUUGGCAUUUAACCUAUACUCUUACCAGGCCGAAGAGUGGCAGUCCCCGAUGAUUAUCUGCUUCGUUGUCAUUGGACUUUGUCUCAUGAUAACAUUCACGCUUUGGGAAAGAUACUUUGCGCCGGUGAAAUUCAUGCCAUGGGAGUUGAUUAGGAACCGAACUGUCUUCUUCACCUUCUCUAUGGUUGUAUCGUUGUACCUAGCAUGGUAUAUCUGGGACAGCUACUUUUAUUCCUUAUUGCAGGUCGUUUUCAAUCAGACCGUCACGGAGGCAACCUACAUAUCGAACAUCUACACUAUGGGUUCGUGCUUCUGGUGUCUGGCUUUCGGUGCCAUUCUCCGCUAUAAUGGACGCCUAAAAUGGUGGGCCAUUUGUUUUGGAGUUCCUUUGACCAUUCUGGGUGUUGGGCUUAUGAUUGUAUUUCGCCAGCCGGAUUCAAACAUUGGGUACAUCGUGAUGUGUCAGAUCUUUGUGGCCUUUGGCGGUGGCACUCUGGUAAUCUGCGAGCAAAUGACUGUGAUGAGUGUCUCUGCGCAAAGGAACAUUCCUGCUAUCCUGGCUAUUGAGGGUGUGGUUGCCAGCAUUGGCAGUGCCCUUGGUGGCACUGUUGCCGUUGCCAUGUGGACUGGAAUUUUCCCUGUCAAACUGCGUGUCCAUCUCCCAGAACUUGCCGAAGCCGAUGUCGCAAAGAUUUAUGGCUCUCUUGUGGUUCAGCAAUCCUACGCCAGGGGUACCACAACCCGUGAUGCUAUCGACCAUGCUUAUGGAGAUACGCAACGACUUAUGCUCAUUGCGGCGACCUGUCUGUAUCUGAUCACAUGGUCAUCAUGUUUCUUCUGGAAGAACCUUGACGUGAAGAAGAUGAAGCAGCAGGUCCAUGGUGUUCAUCUGUGA